AUGAUUCUUCACAGCACGAGUAAGAUGGAGCAGAGACUCGCGCUUCUAGGAGAAGCAGAAUCAGAGCAGGCCUACCCGGCAGGCUCGGAAAAUUGCAGCAGCGAUCGCACAUUGUCGCCGUCUCUGUGCGACGAUGAAAAGCUUGACGAUAAUCCGCAUCUUCGUUAUAUGAGAAAGUGGCAGUACAUAGGUAUUUAUGUCGGGUUAGCGUUUUUAUUCGUUAUAUUUGGUAUUGGCUCAAUUGUCAGUACAAGUAUUUCUCUCGGUCUAUCAUCAGCUCAAUUUGUAAACAUGGGAGAAUGCGGCCGUACACCACAAGAAGCGCGAGACAGCGGGUGCGUCUUUGAUCUCAUGAUGUCCGGUUGGGUACAUCCUCCUUGUUACGACCAAGAACUGUCCGACGAGUUUUUACUAGUCAACAAUUUCACCUUCUACAGGGAAAGAGAGGGAAUCAAUAUCAUAACGGAAGCAGAGGCUCGUCUGGGCAACUACGAGGUCAUAUACAGUCAUGGAACCUUCCACUAUCAACAUUGCGCCUACAUUUGGGCCAAGCAGAUCCGUGCGAAUAGGAAGUCCCCCCUUGUUCUAGACAGUGUAUCACGUUCUAAAGAGCACGUUGAGCACUGUUACAGCCGGGUCGGGAGCCCGAACAUUACUCAGAUCCAGCUUGCGACUGGAACAAAAAUCAAGAGAUCGGCGUUCAGGCUUAGAUGUAUGAUUGGCGAGAUGGAAGUCUUUUAA